GGGAGAGAAAAAGAGAACGAUUUCCCUCUCGACCCUCUUCUUGGAAAACAGAAACGGGCGGCGCGGAAGCCUCGUACGGCAAUAUAACUUUACACGUGUACAGUGGUUGCGUCGGAAUUCUGAAUCCUUCACUUUCGCGGUGAAGGCGGCAGAGCUCCGGUCUCCAUGGGGGUGCAGCAUAAUAGUCGGAUCUGCCUGCUAGAUUUACAACAAGGGCAUCACGAGAAACGCUUGGAGCAACACCCCCGCCCUACCCCGGGUCUCCCACCCUUUCUUCCUCAUCCACCCCGCCUGUCCCCGCCAACUUUCCUUUCCCCUCCCGUCCCGCAAAAACGCGCCUUUAAAUCCCACCCAUGAACGCGUAUGAAGCUGGCGAGCACCCACGCGCCCCCUGCGUCCUGUAUUGGAAGUGACGUCCCCCCUCUCUAUCCCCAUUGGCCGAAAGUUUGGGAAAGGGGCGGGGUUGGGGAAUAUUCCGCUUCCCCAGGAGCCGGUAAGUCUCUCUUUUUUUUAAUGUGCGAUAUUUUUUCCUCGCACGUUUCCUGGCGAUUAAUUCCCAUCCCCUCUUCUUCGCGGGAGCCGACAGCCUUCACGGUAAUUAAACACUCCCACCCAAAAUUUCUGGCCGGUUGCUCCAAGCGUCUGCCAGUGAAUUCGGAAUUCUGCAACACCUCUUGUCCUGCACUGUGUUGUUUCAUAAUCCAAGAGGGGAAUGGUUUAGCAAUCAUUUUUAAAAAUCUGCUUUAAAUUUUUUUUAAUUUAAAAAACCGCACUUUUAAUUCUGGCUUCAGUCACCAGUUUCUCCAGCUAACAAGGGUGGGAAAGAUUUCUGAUCAAACUUGGAAAUAACUGUCUGAUUACACAGUUCAGGGCUAGAUUAUUCAUGGUACUUAGAUUUUAAGAGUUAUGCAACAUAAAUGAGUUUCCAUUCCUCAGCCUUUAUUCUCUGUCAAAGUUUACAUUUGAGCCUUGUUGCUGAAAGCCUGAAAUACUUUGCAAAGCCCCCCUGCGCAUCUAUAAAUGAAAAUAAGGGAAUUGCUGAUGCAUCACUUUGAUCUAAUUGGCAUCUAAAUUAGGUUCCUUAAGCUCAGAAUUAGAGUGCAUAGAAAAAGGCCACCAUACCAUCUGUCUGCAGUGAUAUGGGCAGGGAGUGGAGGGAGUGUCAAUGCUUUGCUUGAUUGCAUCUCAUAAAGUUCCACAAGACACUCAUUUUUGCUGCAGCACUUCCAGAAUUUAUUACUCUACGAAUGUUUCAUCGUCAUGAUCGCCAGGACCAACAGUUCGUAGACUAUCUCCCUGCUCUUAUGCCCGUGAGUGUCUUCAUGGGUCACUUCCCAUAUUGUAGUGGUGUUGUCCUGGGAGCUUGUUUUCUUCCUACCUACUCUCUUCCCCCUGUGAUCCAGCUCUGUCACUGGUGGUCAGUGAUUGCUAAUGACAGGCAGGCUCAAAUGAUCUCACAUGACUUGGUCUUGCUAUAGUGAAUGGGAUUAAGUGCUUGAACAGCCUCCUAAGUACCAAGGAGGGAAAAUGCUUUCAAAGAAUGGCAGCUGGGGGUGCAAUAUUAAGAUGAAAUACAUUCUUAAUUAUCCAUUCCUACAUAACCUAUUCUUUCUCAGUCACCUGUACUUACUUUUCCUGUCAGUGCUGUACUUUAUGCAAACAAGUAGCAAGAUGUCCAUCUGUAGAAAAUGAUGUGAUUUUCCGCCCCCCAUGUUUAUCUCAGAUUGCUGUUUGAAGCGGGAGGGUGGGUUUCAGAACUGUUUGAUUAUAGAGUCUGUGGCAACAUUAUUGACUCUUACAAUGCAACUAACGGCUCAAAGCUUCACUACAGAGCUGACUGUAUUUUUAGGCAGAGAGAGCUGAUUGCCUCAAUAGACACAUGCAAGGAAGAGGGGACAAUGGUGACAGGUCCACAGCCCUUUCUCUUAUGCCCUCUGGCUGUGCCCUUCCGCUGGGGGACAGAGUUACCUAUGCUAGACAUGUCCAAAGUCUGUUUUGGGGGCCUAAUUCGGCCCCUGUGGCAGUUUAUUUCUUGGGGUCAAAUCCUUUAAAAAGCUCAACAACUUUGGUCGGCCCUCACACCGCAUGUUCACUUCAUCAAAUCUGGCCCUCUUUGAAAAAAUUUUGGGCACCCUGACCUAUGCCCUGUGACUUGUUUUGCAUUCCUGUACCUAUGCUGCUGUCCCCAGGUGUGCUGGAGGAAGCUCUCCCAUUGCUGAUACUGAAACAAGACCACGCUCUCUCGCUCCAUACAUUUAAAGCACUCUCAUGCCACUUCAAACAUUAAUGGUUUCCCACAAAAGAUCCUGGAAACUAAUUUGUUAAGGGAGCUGAGAAAGUAAUACUGGUACCUUUCAGGGCUGCUGUAAGGAUUUCUGAGGUAAUGUUUUGUUGAAAUGCUCUGAACACUUGAAAUGUGCUACAUCAGUACUAUUAUUUGAUCCCUGUUUUGCCUUGAUGCUUCCCUUUUUCACCAUAGGAGAUUUAACCUGCAUUCAGAGGGUCCUGUCUAUUUGCACACAUCCAGCCUCCUCAUUGUGAGGGCCGCCUCUGUAGAAUGACCCUGCAAUGAUCCAGAAGAGGAAGAACGUGAUUCUGCUUGAGGAUGGAAACAGAGACAUUAGCCAAACCUGCUAACCAAAGAACUGGCAGUCCAAGGGAUAAGGAUCCCUUUGCCCACUCUGCCAACACUAUCAAAAUGUUUGUCAAAGUCAAUGGAUAAGCAAAGACCAAAGGUCAGUCCCAGCAACAUUUCCAUUGUAGGACUCUGACGUGUAUUUUCUGCUUGGUUUGCUUCUGGAAGAAUCUGGAAACAGAGGAGGAAAAUUAUGAAGACCAACAAGUUCUCCUCUGUUAUAGCUUCUUCCUCUUGAGAGAUGGGGUAAGAAGAGCAAACUGCUGACUCUGAUGACUUCUCUCCCUUCUGCCUCUCUGCUGAGAUUACUUCCCCAUUUGCUGGAAGGGACAUUAUUCUGCCAGAAGCAGGUGGUGCUGAAAAGGAGGUGAAAGCCUAGAGCAAUUUCCCAGGUAUCUCAGGAAAUCGGCUUCAAAAUGGCAAUUAUUACAGCAUACUUGACACUGUGGGUCUGCUUGCUGGAUGUUUUCUCAGUGGCUUGGAGCCGUCGAAUGGCUGGUGGAGGCCCUGUAAUACUGGAUCACCCAUUCAUCACCGUCUGGAAUGCUCCCAGUCAAGAAUGUGAAGAGAAAUACAGAGUAUCCCUUGACUUGGGGAUUUUUGAUGUGGUUGCCAACCAGAACGAAUCAUUCACAGGGAGCGACAUUACCCUUUUCUACAGCCACAGGUUAGGAUAUUAUCCAUACUACGCUGAGAACGCCACAGCGGUCAACGGGGGCACCCCCCAAAACGCCAGCCUCAAUAGUCAUCUUUGGAAGACUGGGCAAGAUAUUGAAAAAACAAUUUCGGAGGCAGGUUUCAAAGGUCUGGCGGUUGUGGACUGGGAGAGCUGGCGUCCCUUGUGGGUUCGCAACUGGGACUCCAUGCAGAUCUACCAGAAUAAAUCCAUAGAGCUGGUGAAGGAGCAGCACCCCGGCUGGCCUGCUGAUAAGGUGGCUAGGGAAGCUAAGCGAGAAUUCGAGCAAAUGAGUCGGGCGUUCAUGGAGCUGACUUUGGCGCUUGGCCGAACCCUGAGGCCGGAGGGUUUCUGGGGCUUCUAUGGCUUCCCUGACUGCUAUAACAAUGAAUACAAAAGCACCGAUUACACCGGAGAAUGUCCAGAGAUUGAGAAGCAGAGGAAUGAUGAAUUGCAGUGGCUGUGGAACCAAAGCCGAGCUCUCUAUCCCAGCAUUUAUCUUCCCAAAGAGCUCAGAUUCCUCAACAAGACUCUUGAGUUUGUCCGUCAUCGAGUCCAAGAGGCAUUCAGGAUAGUGAACCAGACGGGGAAUGGAAGCAUCCCAGUCUUGCCUUAUGCUUCCAUUGAAUAUCAGUUCACACAGACACAGAGCUUCCUGUCACAGGUAAGCUUUCCCAGAUGUCCCAGUGCAGAAUACGAUCAAUCUUUGCCAAUAAGUACUUAACCUGAAAACACAACAUGGAAGUGGGAGAUACUUCUCUGUGGUCGGGAUGCUUGGAGAAUCUUGGCUUCAGUGUGUGCAGUUGCCAUUAAGAAUCUGCUACAGUGAUUUUCCUGGGAAUGAGCAGUAGCCAUGUCAAAUAUUUCUAAUAUUAAUAUUAAUAUUCUAAUAUUUCAUUUUGAGAAAAACACUUACCCCAACAUUUAGAUGUUCAUAACAUUUCUCCUGGUUAAGCAAAAACGCUGUUGUUGUUCUCCCUUUUGCAACUGUUUCUGGUAUAUGUCACGCUUUUAUUUUUGGUCAGAAAUAUUAUGAAGGCUCUUGUUUUUCAAUAAGCCAAUGUUGAAAAUUAUUGUGUUUUCGAAUGUUGUUAUGUAUUUUAAUUUCCCCCCAUUUUAUAAGUAAAUAUUAUGAAAGAAAAAUAUCAAACUAUUCCUAUUUCAGAUUUCUUUUAAGAAAAUCGGGGUUUUUUAAAAAAAAAUAUAAAUGUUGAUGUUGUGUCAGUAAUGAAAAUGUACUGCAAAACCUCAAACUAGCACAGUCCCUGCCCAGCAGACUUUAGUUUGUCAGUAAUGGGCAGGACUAAGGAGAAAAUAAGCUUUGAUUUGGGGUGUAGGGAGGUGGGGUGAGGAUGUUUUGGAAGGAAGGCUGUAGAGGAGUUAGCUAGUGAUAGGCAUGGAACAAGUGAAUCUAGGGGAGCCCAGGAGAGCCUUUGCAGAGGGAAGCUAUUUUAAGAAUGAAUUUAAAGGAAGAGAUGAAACACUGCCAUGGUGACACAACAGAGGGGGAGAGGUUCUUCCAUAUACUUAGUAGGGAGCAGCAGGGAAAUGAGCCAGAGCUUUAUUUCAGAUCAGGCUUUUUCAAGACACCAUUGCUCCCCCUCCCACUGCUUCUUCUACCCUUUUCUCACCUUGUGCCCCCUUCAUAGGGAAGGUUUGGGGUGGGUGGUGACUGCAAAGCCCAGGCUCCUCUCACACUAUCUCCACAUAGCGAGCAUCUCCUUGCAAGCAAGCUCUGAAAAACACUUCUGCUCCCCCUCCCCAUGCCUGCACAGAACAAAGUCAGUGUGAAAACAGGCCAGUAUAAAUAUCGUAUACUAAGAAAUAUUCACGUAAUUAAAAACAUAUGAUUCCCUCUUCCUGCUGAGCAUACUAAGCAUAUUGCUGUACAAUGCAUUUCUUCUUCUCGUAUUUAAAUUUCCUGAUCUGUACUUCCAAUUUUGUAAACUGCUUUGAGGUUUUUUUUAAAUAAUCAAGAGGUGUUUACAUUUACAGUGGUGCCCCGCAAGACGAAUGCCUCGCAAGACGGAAAAACCGCUAGACGAAAGGGUUUUCCGUUUUGAAGUUGCUUCGCAGGACGAAUUCCCCUAUGGGCUUGCUUCGCAAGACGAAAAUGUCUUGCGACUCUUGAGAGUUUUUUUUCGCUUUUCCCCCUUUAUCUAAUCUGCUAAGCCUUUAAUAGCCUUUAAUAGCCUUUUAGCAGCUAAUCCCCUAAGCCUUUAAGCCUUUAAUAGCCGCUAAACAGCUGAUAGCGCUAAUAGCGCUAAUCCGUCAAUGGGCUUGCUUCGCAAGACGAAAAAACCGCUAGACGAAGACUCUUGCGGAAUGGAUUAAUUUCGUCUUGCGAGGCACCACUGUAUUAAAUAAAUAAUAAUAAAUAACAAAGAUUAAGUAAAGGUAAAGGGACCCCUGACCAUUAGGUCCAGUCGUGGCCGACUCUGGGGUUGCGACGCUCAUCUCGCUUUAUUGGCCGAGGGAGCCGGCGUACAGCUUCCGGGUCAUGUGGCCAGCAGGACUAAGCCGCUUCUGGCGAACCAGAGCAGUGCACGGAAACGCCAUUUACCUUCCCACCAGAGCAGUACAUAUUUAUCUACUUGCACUUUGACAUGCUUUCGAACUGCUAGGUUGGCAGGAGCAGGGACCAAGCAACGGGAGCUCACCCCGUCACGGGGAUUCAAACCACUGACCUUCUGAUCAGCAAGUCCUAGGCUCUGUGGUUUAACCCACAGUGCCACCUGCGUCCCACCUCCAAGAGAUUAAACCAGUGGCAAGUAUAGGUUUUUGCUGAAUCCUGCAUUUUGUUGUUUCGAUAAGAGACAAACAAACUUCCCUUCUCAAUGAAUUUGUGUUCUUGUUGCCUAUCCAAUUAACUAAAUGUGCCAGUGGAUGGCUCUGUCAUAUUGUAAGCCUGGCUGCUGUUAGCAAAGUAAUCACCAUCUCUAAAUCAUUUUCUAGUACACUAUACUUUACAUAUCCAAAUAAUUUUGCUACAGGAUCUUUAGGGAGAGGGAUCGUUUUAGCUGAGGCUUUCUGAAUUUGCUGAAAUGGAGAGAGGACAAGAGAGUGAUGAGCAGCAGGAUUUGUAGCAGCGAAGGCAGGAUGUGACCAGAGCAUGGAUGAGAGCAGGAAUCAGGUGGUUUCUAAGAAUUUUGAAGAGGAAGGAGCAUCAGCACCGGGCAAUGGCUUGACUGUGGAGGAAUUUGAAGAUGACUCAGAAAAGCAUUGCAUGCCUGGGAGACAGGGGCAUGUAAUAAUAAUGCUGGCAUGUCCACGAGGAAGUGUCAGAUCAGAAAGAUAUCUUGAGACAAGUGAUCUGAUAGAAGCAGAUGGAUUUGAAGGUCAUCCACACAAAGGUCAAUUAACAAAGGAGCCACUGAGGAGAAGGAGUUAGAUCUCCCAAAAAAAGGUUUUUUUAAAAAAACACUUUGUUAAAGGCAGCAGGCUAAAUGUUUAAUCACUGAUCAUUUCCUGAUUCCUUUCCUAAUACAUAAUCCUAAGUAUGGCCAAGAUACCCAGAGUGUUGCUGCUUCUGUCCAUAAGCCAUAGUGUCUAAAGGAGGGGUGGGGAACAUGUGGCCAUCCAGAUGUUGCUCAACUAUAACUCCCCAUCGCCCCUGGCCAGGGCUAAUAGGAGCUAGAGUUCAAGAAGUCACUGUUUCCUCACCUCUGGUUUUAAUGGACCAAGAAGGACCCAAUGAUGGGCAUGCAAAUCCAGAUGUCAGAGAAGAGACUACUGGUGAACUCACUGUUUUUGCUCUGCUUGUUCUGCAGGAGGACCUGGUCCACACCAUUGGUGAGAGUGCUUCUCAAGGUGCUGCUGGGGUCAUAUUGUGGGGGAGCACAAAUGACAGUAACUCUGAGGUGAGUGACGCAGAGGAGCAGGAUUGGGAGUGGGAGCCAGUGUGGUUCAGUGGUUGGAGUCGAACCUGUCGAGUCCCAGGUUCAGAUCCUCAUUCAGCCAUGGAAGUUGCUGGGGGGUCUUGGAGCCAGUCACAGUAUCUUGGCCUAACUUACUUUGCAGGGUUCUUGUGAGGAUAAAUCGGGGGAGGGCGGAAGAACUUUGUGUUACCCUGAGACCAAAUAUGAGAAAUGAGACCAAAUAAGAGAACCAGUCAGGGGACAGCAGCAGGAUCCUGUAGCUAUAGAGCAGAGUUUUGUUUUGUUUUAUUACAACCAAGCAGUACAUAAAGUUCUCACUGCUUUUGUACAUCAACCUGUGUGUUAUGGUAGCAGCCUUGUGGUUGUGAAUAAAUCUGUGACUAUGAGGUGCUCAGAUUUGCAAGUCCCUUAAGAGAGAGGUGAAGCAUCCUUAUUUUUUGACUUGCUUUUCUCCUCCUUUACCAAAUGAUGGGAAGCCCCAAUUUAGACUGGCAAGUCUAUGUUGAAGGGGACAGUCCUGAAUGUGCCCUGGAACCUUAUUGCCUCUUUGCAAAACUUUUUAUAUUCACAAAUGUAUAGGUUGAAGGAGAACCUCUGGGGUAGGAUGCCGUUAUUAGCUUGGAUGGGGUUAGUGGUAGUCCUUUUGCAUCAUCAAGUCAGCUAGCCAGCCCGGCUUCUUUAUUUAUAUUUAUAAAGGUCUGCACUGCCACAUCACAAAAUAUCAGGGUGGUAUACAAGGUUAAAAACCUAAGACACCGUUAAAAAAUGAAAAUACAGAUUAAGGUCAUGAAGGCGAAUGGCUAAUUUUGUUAGUUCUGCGAUUAGGUGUGUGUUGAUGUUGGAGUGUUGAAGAUGGGGCUUGGAGAUCAGGCAGUGGCAGGAGGAAUCCUCCCAUUCAUGCUCUUAAAGGUUUGGUUCUACAACAGCAAGGAUGUGUUGAAGGAACUUGGCUGUUGCCCACUUGGAAUGGGAAAAUGCUAACUUUCUUCCCCUGGACUUGGUUUUGCCCCUUUCAGGAAGCCUGCCUCGAUGUGAAGAAGUACGUGGACACUGUCCUUGGUCCAUACAUUGUAAAUGUGACCAGCAGCACCAGGCUGUGUAGCCAGAUCUUGUGUUCAAAGAACGGCCGCUGUGUGCGGCAGGACGGGCACCUCAAUGCUUUUCUGCACCUCACUCCUGCCAGCUUCUCUAUUCAGAGGCAUUCGGAAGAGCCACACUUUGUUGUCAGGGGUCAGAUGUCAGCGAAGGAGCAAGUCCAGAUGGCCAAAGAAUUCGCAUGCCAAUGUUACAGCGGCUGGGAAGGCUCGCGGUGUGAGAAAAAGUCAAUUUAAGAGAGAGAGGCACCUUAUCUGUUUGCACAGGCACUUACUGUAUUUUUCGCUCCAUAAGACGCACCUGACCAUAAGACGCACCUAGUUUUUAGAGGAGGAAAACACGAAAAAAAAUAUUCUGAAUCAAAUGUUGUACUAAACUAUUUAAAGCAGCAAAGCGGGCAGCUCCUGUCUGCUUUGCUGUUUUAAAGCGAGCCUCGGAGGAGGGAAGGAAGGGGAGCCAUGGAGCCUCUGCUUGCAACUGCUGCGGGAUCCCGCCGCUGUCCAUAGGCAUUCACUCCCCUUACUUUUUAGGAGGAAAAAAGUGCAUCUUAUGGAGCGAAAAAUGCAGUAAUUGGCAAGGAAAGCUGCAGGAAAGGCACAUUGCACCAGCCUGUACUCCUUAGGUAUAUAAAAAUCUCUUCUCUCUCUCUCUUCCCUCACCACUACACACUUAUGAGAGGAUCUCCACAUGUACCUUCUGGUCAACAUGUGCUUAUACAUACUUUCCCCAGAAGCACAUACUUGGCUUUCUCCUGAAAUAUGCAAUCUACUCAGAAGUAGACUGAGAGAGGGAAUGCUUUUCAGGCAUGGCUGCACUAUAGGACACCGCUUGUCCUUAUAAAAAACUAAAAAUGUGCAUGCGUAGACCAGUGUGCAUGUGUUUAAAUCAAACUGUUAAAUGCCUAUUAGAUACAUUGCUGGCCUGCCAUUGCAAUAUUUCACAACACUCUGUCCUAUCUCACAUAUGACUUCUGCUCUCCAAGAGCCCUCCUGGCUGUCUUCAGGAGUAGACUGUGUGUUUCAAGCAGGAGAUCUGAAAUUAUUCUCAGACUUGUUAGAUGUUAGGACUGUGGAGAAAGGCCCUGAUUUGCCCCACCAUUUCUCUAAGCCAGUUUGUCAAGUAUCUCCUGCCAAUUCUCUUCAGUUUUAAGGAGGGUACCUAAGACGCCUACCUGAGAGACUACAGCAGCCUCAACACUGGCCCCCUUGGUCAGUUGUCAGAAGUCACUCCCUCAAGAAGACAAGGGAGAGAGAACCUUUAAGAAAGCUUAGCUGCCUCUGUGUUCCCUCCCACUAUCCGGGAUUCAGACUGGACUUUAUGCAAGGCUGAUCAUCUUUGUUGUCUACUCGAAAGUAAAUUAGAAUCAUAUUGUAAUGGCUAGGAUAGGAUUAGUCCAGUUUUAGAGCCACAGUGUCCUGGUUUAUUUUGUAUUCAGUUGCAACCUUCUGCCUGCUUUUCCUUUACCUUUCAUAAAGAUUUAAUAAAGUUUCCUAAGCUGACC